AUGUCGUUCACGUUCGGUCAGCCAUCCACCAGCGGCGCCUCAGGCCAGUCCAAUACGUCGACUGCCCCCGCGAGCGGCGGUCUCUUCGGCAGCACCACUGGUUCGAGCACGCCAGCCUUCUCAUUCGGCAACACGUCCGGCACGCAGUCCGGCAGCCUGUUUGGCGGUGCAACCACAGGCCAGAAGACAAGUCUCUUCGGCAACACAUCGAGCACUACCCCAGCAGGCACGCCAGCUACCUCGCUUUUUGGCCAGAGUACCAGUUCUUCGUCGGGCCCAAGCCUGUUUGGCAAUGCCAGCAAGCCGAGCGGCAACCUGUUUGGUAACACUUCUACCUCUGCGGCUGGCAGCUCGACCCCCGCUGGCACGCCGAGCCUGUUCGGCAGCAAGACUGCCACAACAUCUGCGGGAGCCUCGUCAACGACGCCAGCGGCCACAGCGGGUAGCGGCAGUCUCUUCGGCUCGACGACAGCCACCACCCAGGGCUCUUCUACUCCUACCUCAACCGGUCUUUUUGGCGGCAGUUCCACUGCUAGCAAGUCCUUGUUUGGCUCAACCACCACUCCUGCCACGGGCACGUCCGGCUCUCAGACGACCCCGGCAAAGCCACUUUUCGGUAGCUUUGGGUCGACUACCCCGGCGGGUGCCCCUCCGACCGAUGCCACCAAGACUGCUGGCCUCUUCGGCAACUUGUCCAAGCCAGCGACCACCGGGACUUCUACGCCCACUCUCUUUGGGUCGACUUCUGCCACCACGCAAGGCCAGUCUAGUACACCUUUGUUUGGGGCUAAGCCUGCGGAAACAUCGACUACCACUGCUGCUUCUGGGGCUGCCACACCUGCUACCUCUGCGCCGGCCUCAACAACGCCCACGCUGUUCGGAGGCGCCACUCUCACGUCUUCUGCUCCCGCUGCUUCUACGAGUACAUCCACAGCAACAGCGUCGACUCCUGCCGCGACCAAGCCCUUGUUUGGUGCCACUGCAACGACCAGCGCUCCUGGCUCAUCAACUACAACGGCGACACCCGGGUUGUUCUCGACGACUCCUGCUACCACUGCCGCUGCUGGUUCAAGCACGGCUACCUCGACUUUGUUUGGGACCAAGCCGGCUACCACCACUGCAGCUGCCGCCUCCUCUACUCCUGCAGCGACAUCAACGCCAAGCCUCUUUGGAAGUAAGCCCGCGUCUACCACGGCGCCGGCUUCUGGCACUCCGACGACCACCACCGCACCUGCUUCUACCUCUGCCCCUGCGACAACGACCGCCGCCCCAACCUCAGGGGCGUCAGCGACUGCAUCAACAACCACAGCUGGUCAGGAUGCAAAGACUACGACCGCCGGGCUUGGUGCUUCUACCGUCGGCCCCCAGUCGCAGCUGCCCCGUCUGAAGAACAAGACAAUGGACGAGAUCAUCACGCGGUGGGCAACCGACCUGGCCAAGUACCAAAAGGAGUUCAAGGAGCAGGCGGCGAAGGUGAUGGAGUGGGAUCGGUUGCUGGUCGAGAAUGGCGAGAAGAUCCAAAAGCUGUAUACCAGCACCUAUGAGGCCGAGCGCGCAAGCAAUGAGAUUGAGCGCCAACUAUCUAAUGUCGAGAGCCAGCAGGAGGAGCUAACGGCCUGGCUGGAUCGCUACGAACGGGAGCUGGAUGAGCUGUACGCCAAACAGAUGGGCUCUGCCGCUGGCGAACAGGCUGCUGGUCCGGACCAGGAGCGCGAGCGCACUUACAAGCUGGCCGAGAAGCUGACAGAUCAGCUGGAUGAGAUGGGCAAGGACCUGGCCAAGAUGAUAAAGGAGAUCAACGACAUGUCCAACACUCUCAGCAAGGGCAGCAAGCCCGAUGAUCCAUUGACUCAAAUCGUGCGGGUCCUGAAUGGACACCUUGCCCAGCUGCAGUGGAUCGACACCAAUGCCGCUGCUCUCCAAGCAAAGGUUGCCGCAGCGCAGAAGGCUGCUGGCAGCAUGGGCGCCAACGUCCCUGGCACAGAAACCGAUGCUGCCGAAAGCUUCUACAGGUCAUACCGGGGUGGGCUCAAAUGA